UUCAACAUCCGUCCUCUGAGAUACUUUGAGGACGUGACAGCAGCUAUGGAGGAGCUCAGAGACAAACUGCAGUACACCCUGAGAGACACAUGGACAAACGUCUCACUGACUGUCUCUGAGGUGGACGUUUUACUGUCAGAACCAGGACCAGAACCAAAGAGCAGAUCUGGAUUCUUCAAAUAUUCAUGUGACAUCACACUGGAUCCAAACACGGCACACACACGAUUGUUACUGUCAGAGAGGAACAGAAAAGUUACAGCAAUAUAUCAACCUCAUUCUGAUCAUCCGGACGGAUUCAUUAAAUGGUGGCAGGUUCUGAGCAGAGAGAGUCUGACUGGUCGUUGUUACUGGGAGGUGGAGUGGAGAGGAACAGGAGCUUCUGUAGCAGUCACAUACAAGAACAUCAGCAGAAUAGGAGAUCAAUCUAAAUUUGGACGUAAUGACAAAUCGUGGUCUUUAGAUUGUUCUCAAAACAGUUUUACAUUUUGUCACAACAACAUCCAAACCUUCAUGUCAGGUCCUGGUUCUUCCAGGAUUGGAGUGUACCUGGACCACAGUGCAGGUGUUCUGUCCUUCUACAGAGUCUCUGAAACCAGGACUCUCCUCCACAGAGUCCAGACCACGUUCACUCAGCCACUCCACGCUGGACUUUGGGUUAACGAUUCUGCUGAGUUUUGUCAACUGAAAUAA